CAAUAAUAACAUUACUAUAAAUGCCAUACAAUUUCAAUAUGAUAUUCAUAGACACAACACAUGUGUGAACAACAUGUGGACAAUUAAAUGACUGUUUAAUCACUGAAUAACCAAUUGAUUGAUUGAAAACAACUUAAGACAAUGAGAUUAUCUUAUAAAUUGGGUAAUGUUUUGGGAUCGGUGUACAGUUCGGGUAAUCUCGAGUUCUUUCCCGAUGGCAACCGAUUAGUCAGUCCUGUUGGCAAUAAGUUCAUUAUCUACGACCUCAAGAGUGGUAAGAGUAACGCAUUGGAUAUACAACUGGAGUAUAACGUGAAGAAUGUAUGCUUAAGUCCAAACGGAUCACUAUUGUUGGCGUCAACUGAUCGGACACAGCUUUAUAUGAUAUCAUUGAUCAGUUCAACGGUUGUUCAGCGAAAAGACUACAAACGAAUUGGUGACACAAUCAAUGACCUUAAGUUUAGUCCCGACGGAAAGUAUUAUACUGUUUGUGGCGCACAUCAAGUGAUGGUAUAUUUAACUCCCGGAUUUGUACUCAAAGGACGCGGACGACAGCUGUCGGCCUUUAAGAUACACAAAAUCAUAAAAUCUUCUUUUACUGAAUCUUCGUGUCUUUCCUGGUCUUUGGACUCAAAGCUAUUGUUGAUUGGAAGCAAAGACUUUGUUAUUAAGAUAUAUCCGAUUGAUAGACAACUCAAGAAUAUUGGUCAAUGCAUAACACUUUCGGGACAUAACGAUCAAAUUGUGUCCACAUUUUUUGCUAAUUGUCAAUCAACUGAACUGAAUAUUUACAGUAUCAGUAAAAAUGGUCAACUCUUUGUUUGGCAAUCAAACUAUGAAUCACUUGAAGAGCUAUCGAAAUCAAAUGAAGAUAAAGGAGUCUUAAGAUAUACCAAACAAAAGAAUUAUUAUAUUAACAAUGAUUUACAAAAGACUUAUUCAAAUCUAAGACUGACUGCAUGUGAAUAUAAUAAGAAAAUGAAAUUACUUGUCGUUGGUUAUAGCAAUGGAUCGUUUCUAUUAUAUGAUAUGCAAGACAUCACUUUAAUUCAUUCACUUGAAUUAUCAAACAGUGGUUCAAUAAGUAGUAUUGCUAUUAAUUCAUCGGGUGAUUGGAUAGCAAUAGGUUCGGCCAUUGGUGAAGGAAACAAGUAUGACAUUGAAAAUGAGUUGACAUCCGAGUCUCAGUUAAUUGUCUGGGAGUGGCAGAGCGAGUCAUUUAUAUUGAAACAAAGCGGAUAUUCAACCGGUGUCACCAAUUUGUGCCAAUCUAUUGCCUAUUCUCCCGAUGCAACACUUAUAGCCAGCGGUGGAACAGAUGGAAAGGUUAAGAUAUGGAAUACAUUCAGUGGUUUUUGUAUUUGUACUUUCAAUGAACAUAAAGGACCCAUUAGUGCACUUGAGUUUAUGCCCGGAAAGAAUGGCAAAGUGCUUAUAUCUGCUUCUUUGGACGGAACUGUCAAAGCAUUUGAUUUGAAUCGAUACCGCAAUUUUCGGACUCUUACCACACCUUCCGAUGCAAAAGCGGCUCAAUUCAUGUGUUUAACUGUUGAUCAAUUGGGCGCAGAUUUUAUUGCUUGCGGUUCUCACAACUUGUUUGAAAUAUUUUUGUGGUCACUUCAAACUGGAAGAAUGCUUGAAUGUCUUUCAGGACAUGAGGCUCCUGUUUCCGGAGUAAAAUUUUCUCCCACUUCUAAUACAUUAGUCUCGUGUUCAUGGGAUCGAACCGUCCGAAUAUGGGAUCUCUUUGAAGGGUCGAAGUGCACCCGAGAAGUGAUUCGGUUAGGAAGCGAUGCUCUGGCACUUGCCUUUAGAGGAGAUGGACACCAGUUUGCUGUUUCUACACUCAAUGGUGAUAUCAAUUUCUUUGAUCCACAAAGUGGAGAUCAAAUGGGAGUCGGAAUUGAAGGAAAGCGUGAUUUAGGAGUUUCUCAUUACGAACGGGAACUCAUUAAAGAUAAGAAUAAAUAUUUUUCUGCUCUUCAUUAUUCAGCCGAUGGAACAUAUGUUAUGGCCGCCGGAAAAUCUAAACACAUUUGCAUAUAUCAUGUGAUGGAGAAGUUAUUAGUUAAGAAAUUGUCUAUUACUUGGAAUUUAUCAAUGGAUGGACUCUUUGAUUACAUUAGUUCGAGAAAAAUAUCUGAAUUUGGUUUUAAUUUAGCUCUUAUUAAGAACAGAAAUCAAGAGAACAGUUUUGCACCCAUUUGUUUGCCCGGAGUUUCUAAAAGCGAUUUUAGCGAUCGUAGUGUUAAUCCCAUAAUAUCUGUCUUUGAUAUAAAAUUUUCUCCAACGAUGAGAACCUUUGCAUUUGCCUCAUCUGAAGGCAUAAUGAUGUACUCAUUAGACAAUGAAAACACUUUCGAUCCCUUCCAACUCGAGACAGACAUUACUCCUUCUUCUUGUCGACAAUUACUUCAACAAAACAAAUACUGUGAGUCACUAAUGCAAUCACUCAAACUCAAUGAACAAAAGUUGGUCGAAGAAGUGAUUGAAAGUGUACCCAUUGAUGACAUUUCAUUCAUUUGUGUCUCACUUCCCAUUAAUUAUGUAAUCAAAUGUCUUCAUUAUAUAGCCAUAGCCGUAGAGUCGACAAAACACAUUGAGUUUUACCUCAAGUGGUCUUUAAAUCUUCUUUACAAUAAUGGAACUGUUCUUAAAACAAGUACUAAUCUCGAGACAUUUGAUCCUACGUUAAGACUCCUUCAAUAUAACCUAAACAGACAUUUCGAUAAUUUAUCUAAAGUUUGUGAACAUAAUAAAUAUUUGAUGAAAUUAAUACAUGUUUUGGCCGCACAUCACAAACCAUCUCAAAAGAAUAUUAUCGAUGACGACAAUGAAAGACAUUUAACAGAUAAUGAAGAACAGGAAGAAUAUGAUUAUAAUUAUAAAGAAGUAGCAAAUGUUGAUACAGAUAGUGAAUAAAUUGAUUAAUUAAUUUAAUAAAUUAUAUUAUC